AUGGCAGCGAAACGUAUGAAGAAUGAUCGAGGCCGGAUCGAAUUCGCGGAACAAAUGUGUACGACGUAUAGCCACUCUACACUUAAGAAAAUUAUCGCUCAAAGCGAUGUUCAUCUUGCGAGAAUCGACAAACCCCUUCUUGUGUUUAAAGUAUUUUAUUUCUUCCUCUUUGGAUCAAUCGCCACGGCCUUCCCGUUUUUACCUUCGUAUUUUGGACAGAUUGGUUUCUCAUCGUCUCAAAUCCAAGCUCUUGCUUGGGUAAGACCGGUCGUACGACUUUUGUCCAGUCCAGUUUGGGGAAUUUUGGCGGACCGCUGCUUGCCCAAGAAAAUGAUGCUUCAGUUUUGCACAUUCGUCUGGCUCAUAGGGACUAUUUCAUUAGCUUUUGUCGAGCCCACUAGUCAGAUGUGCCAACUUAUUUCCCUCAACGACACAGAUUUGAAAGUUAUCAAUUCUACAGAGAUGCAAACCGGAUUUUUUCGGCGGAGAAGAACGGCUGAUUUCUUCAAUAUACAGUCAAAGCUGAUUCCUAAAGUACACAAAGUAAAUUUGACUUCUGGUGGCUCAGAGAGUGUGGACGUUUCGUUCGGGUCGGGCACAGACACUGCAGCAGUGUCACAGGAAAACGAAGCAUCUGGAAGUGGACUUAUUAUCGAUUCUUUGCAUCCCAACAAAAGAAUGGACGAACUUAAUAAUACUGAUACAAAUAAGACUCACGACUUCAUAAAAAUUUUAUCUCCCCAUCAUAAAUCAAGCUCUAAUGACACGCCCAAUCCCAACGAGUUUAACUUCACCAUACGAAACGAACUCAGAGAAAAUACCUCUAGGUUAUAUCAAAUAUUUCUUGGGGCCAUAGCGAUCGUCGUGUUUGAAGAGAUCUUCAUGUGCCCAGUGAUGUUUGUUGCUGACGCAGUUUUACUGGCCAAACAGACACCGAACUACAUUUAUAUCUCGAUUGAAUGA